AUGAACAAAGUCAUUUACUCUACAUUUGCCAUUCUGGCUAUCAUUGCCAUUUCACAGGUUCAAUCAGCAGUCUUGCCAAUUUCAUCGAAAGAAGUUGCACUUGUAACAUCUUCACCUUCUUCUUCUUCAUCUGAAACUUCAAUUGAUACAUUGGGAUCAUCAAGAGUCAAGAGACAAGGAGGAGGAUGUGGUUGCUGUGGGUGUGGGUGUGGAUGUGGAUGUUGUGGAUGUGGAGGAGGAGGUGGAGGAUGUGGAUGUUGCUGUUGUAGACCAAGAUGCUGCUGUCGUCGUUGCUGUACCUGCUGCCGUACUUGCUGCUGUACUAGAUGUUGUACUUGUUGCCGUCCAUGUUGCUGUGGAUGUGGAUGUGGAUGCUGUGGAUGCGGAGGAGGAGGGGGACGUAAACGUCGUUCUCUCCAGAAUCUUCGUAUUGCUUUGGCUAACAAGAUCGAAGGAAUCGCUAAAGUUGUGAAAGGAUCUGAUGUUCCAGCAUUGGCACCAUUCAAUGAUGCUCCAACUACUGUUCAGGAAAAGAAAGAUGUCAUCAAUUGA